AUGUUGCAGAGCUGGCUGACUCCCGUAUCAGUUUGUUUCUUGGCUCCGAAGCAAUGUUUCUGCUCGACGAUCAUCUUUCUGUUUACAUGUCAUGACGCCAUCCCACUGCCAUCCUCAAGGCAAGACGAUGGGAUCCAAAGACGUUUUCUGACAUGCACAGCCCGACCAAGAGCUUCAUCAGGGUCUGAAGUUGGAACCGACCUGCUCUACGCCGAGAACGAAACCAGUCAUGUCAGCCACAAAACCCUCUCCUGCUGA